CGCAAUUCACAUUUCACCUGCAGUACUGAGUGUUUCUUCUGGGUCUGACGUCACCAUACACGCCAUCCUGUUACAGAAUAUUACUGAAAACCAGUAUCUUAGACAGAGCAACUAGACUGAGCAUUAUUAUCACACAGGCGGUCCAGCCAGCACCUAUUAUUGGACUGUAAGCGAGUUAGUGAUACUAUGCCGAAGUGGGGGUCUGUAAUUAUUUGUAGUACUGGUAGAAUAUGAGAAUUGGUUAUAACUGUAAAUAACUUUUACAGUUGGAAAUAUAUAAAGACAAUAACCAAAAAUCGAUCAUGAGACUUUCCCUGAUGACAUGUAAUUUUAUUCAGCCUUUCCCCAGCGAGAUAGCCAGUGACAUGACUUUCACAGAAAUCAUCUGUGUGGUGCAUGUACAGCUAUGGCCAAACGUUUAGCACCCCCUAUAGAAGGAACGUGUUUAACCUGCUGAAUAAUGUGACGUUACCAUAUUGAAUUACACUCCGCUUUGUAGUUUUUCAUCUAAGUAACGAAAAAUUGACAUUUGCAAUAUCAUUUUAUAGUUUCCUUGAUUACAUGAUGUUAAAUAAAAUAUCUAAAUGCUUGCUUUUUUUUUUUUUUUUUUUUUUUUUUAAUUAUGUCUCAUUCCUAAAAAUUAUAGGAGAUGCAACAAUUGUGUCCCUAGCUGUAAGGGUCGGUGUGUGUUUUUGUAUUUCAGAACGGAUAUUUUAAUUCUUUUGUAUUUGCAGAUAGAGAUGCGUGUGCUGGUCCCAUUCCUGUGUGUCCUAAUUAUUCUGUCUGCUUCAAUACCCUGGGAGUGUCUACUGUCUGUGCUGGCCAGGGUUCAAAUCAACAGGGAAACCCAAUUUUACAGAAAUAGGGACAUUCUGUAAUGAUAAGAGUACUGGAAUAUGGAAUCAAAAUUACCAACAAGUUAUUAUUAUUAUUAUUAUUAUUAUUAUUAUUAUUAUUAUUAUUAUUAUUAUUUAGGGGUUGAUUUGUGCCAGAUUCGGAACCUGUUUGUCCGGCCCGAAACCCCCUCCUCAAGCUGAUGAGAACAUGAAGCAUAUAUGGAAGCUAAAUCAAGAUCUGUAUAUGGGGUCCAGAAACAAAAAUGCUCUCCCUGUUCCUUAAUGAUAAGACCUUACAAAUGUAAAACAUUUUACAAGGGUUAUACUUUGCCAUGGUAUUUUUCAAAAGCAGACUGAAAAAUCAAAUCAAUCAAAAGACAUGUGUGUUUUGAAUGUGUGUGUAUGUGUGAAUCUGCACCAUCUCUACCCCUUGUGAACUAAAAGAGGAUGUGUGCCUCCACAUCUGUGUUAACUUUUACACGACUAAUGUUUCUAGCAAUGUCACGCUUUGACAAGAUCUCAAAUAUGAAAAUGCUAAAGUGAUGAGAAUUCACUUCACGGGGCUCUGAAAAAAGAAUGUUUUUUUCCUCUAAUUUUUCUGUAGAAAUAAAUGAGUGUAAAGAGAACCGCACCCUCUGUGGUCAGAAUGCUUGGUGUCUAAACACAAUUGGAAACUACAGCUGCUCCUGCAAGACAGGCUUCAGGUCCAGUUCUGGGCAGGAGAUCUUCAUGGACGGACAAAGCAGCUGUGCAGAAAUAGAUGAGUGUAAAGAGAACCGCACCCUCUGUGGUCAGAAUGCUUGGUGUCUAAACACAAUUGGAAACUACAGCUGCUCCUGCAAAACAGGCUUCAGGUCCAGUUCUGGGCAGGAGAUCUUCAUGGACGGACAAAGCAGCUGUGCAGACUUUGAUGAGUGCGCCCAAAACCCCUGGCUCUGUGGUCCGAAUGCACAAUGUACCAACACUGUCGGCAGCUACACCUGCUCCUGUAAUCCUGGAUUAUUUCCUAACACUGGAUUGGAAUGGACACUCAAUCAAACACGGUGUGAAGAUUUAACAAAAAUCCAAGAUGGGAAAACCUGCAACAUUAAUACAGGAACAUCGAGUAACCUAACCAGUUCCUCUGCCUGGUUUUGUUUCAUCACUAACUUCAAUUCAGCCAACAUUAUAUCAGGAUAUCAGCUGCAGGUCAGUACUUUGAUACUUUGGUUCCUGUAGU